AAGAGUGAAAACAUUUUCUCCUUUCAACUUAAUAAAAUGUCCUAUUGCAAUGCUUUUGACUCUUCCUUAUUUGGAAAUUGUUUAAGGGAUUUAAGUGUAUCCGAACUAUUAACAUUGAAACAUUCCAUGCAGACUUUGCAGCACACCGAGGAAUUAGUUAAAAAACGUUAUUCAAAUCCUCAGAAUAUACAAUGUCCAGAAACGUCCGAAGAAAAAUGUGAAAAGCCGUCUACAAUGGCAUUGGUAGCAGAGCAAAGAGGCUACGCAGUUUCACAUCCAAGUUAUGAAUCUUGGCAACAUGAAGAAAAACCUUCCAAAUUGCAAACUCUGUUUCACAUAAGUGUUACUGCCUUGGCUUUCCUAUCAUUUGGUGGUUACUUGUUAUGUCUGAUAGUGCAAUCUAUAAAAAGCAAAGGUACCACAUAUUUUCAUACUGCUGCCACAACUAUGGCCACGACUACCGGUACGAGGCGUAUUAAAAUUUAUAGAAGAAGUCGGCGAUCAUCAUUACCGCCCAUGGAAACUACACAAAAUUAUAACUAUUAUAAUCAAUAUAAUAGUUAUAAUAACAAUAAUCCCUAUCAAUAUUAUAAAAGGAAGUACAGUGAAUAUGUAUAAAUAAGAAUACAUACCUAGUAGGAUCAUACAAUUGGUUGGUCCUAGGCAUACGACCGGGACCCAUUUUCAUACCAUACAAAGCAUAUUGAUCUUCAGUCAUGUUUACGUCUCUGUAAUUAUAUGAAAUUUUUAAUUACAAAAACAAGUGCUAAACUUUUUUUUAAACUUACGCUUGUUCUUCAUCUAUAAUGGGAGCUAUCACCGGUCCCCUGGUACCAUAUUGACUGUAAUAGGGUUCUUCAUAACUACCGCGUGUUGAACGUUCCGGCGAACUUGUAUAACCAUCUGUAAAAUUUAUUUAUUUAGUUUUCGAAAGUAUUUGUUGAUAAUGUUUACGGCGUUAACAAUUCUAUGAAUUUAAACAAAUAAAAUUAACAAAACAAAAAACUACAACAAUUUUCAAUUUAUACAGUUAAAAUAUAGAGAAAAGCUACAGAUUUUUUUGAUUUUGUUGAUUGCGAAAAACAAAGAAAACCAAUUCGUUUGUGGUAAAGUUGUGUCUGUAAUUGGCAUUUUGUUUAAGUACCUGGUAUACUGUAUAACUGAUCCGGGG